AUCAGGGUUCGUGCUGACUGUGGGACACCACUGUAAAACUGAACCCUGCGAACCCCACAACACCCACCCCGUAAUUAGCGGACGGCAAACCAAUAACCCCCUCCACCAACUUAACAUAAACACAACAGUACUGUGACCAGGUCCAGGAGUUUUUCGUUAAAAACGGCGUUUUUGAAGCUGGAUUUGUGUAAUUCAGUAGGUUUUUUGUUCUUGGACUACUUUUUUCCCCCAGGAUUCUUUUUUGAACGGAUUUUUUUGGGCUUUCUUCAGAGUCCCGCAUUCGCAAAACUGAUACUCGCUUGUAAAAAGAUUUUCUAUUUAAAUUGCUGUUUUACAGGGCCUGUAAUCCCGUGCACACAUUCUCUAUUUGACCGAUAACGGUUGUAAUACUCCUGGAUACAAAGGCAAUCGCACAAUUUGUUGGAUUCUCGCCCCAUUCCAGACUAUAUUUUCCUUUUCUUUCGGCUAUUAAGGAACUGAGAGGUUUUCGAAAAGGAACACCACGAGACACGAAACGUGAGAAUUUUCAUUUGGUUUGACGCGUGUUUGUGCUUGUCAAACUUGCGUCCAUCCAUUUUCUUGCGAGUUCUCGCAGCUGACAGCUUAACCGUCGCUUUGACUUUUUUUUCCAUCUUUUCCCGAGACGUAUCGACGUCUCUGCACACAUAAUAUCGGCCUGCCUACAAUAAUGUACACUUCUGCUCUUAAUCUCACGCUGCCCGGUGACGGUGGCAAGAAUGCAGUAUCGACUGCAAGACCCUCAAACAACAGUUGUGCUCUUUCCGUUGACGGAGCCUACAGCGGUAACUUGACUGCAGUGUCGCAUGCAUCAAGUAGCACUACCAACUUGCCACUCAAAACAUCGGCGCCUGUCGAGCGUCGGGAGGACGAUGACUGUGCACACCUGUCUUCCGCUAACGAUUUUGGCAUGGGCAGCUUGUUGUAUUCAGCAAGCAAGUCUUUUUCCGGCAAACCAUCAUACACUUCUUUUAUUGUCGAUUCUGCUCUUGGAAGCAGUAUUAAUACUACCGGUGCCGCCAGUGGCACCCUCUCACAAAUGGGAUUGACUCCCAGUUCGCUUUCGGAGGAAAUGCAAUUGAAGCAAUCUCAGCAACUAAACCCUGUUCUGAAAUCUCCUUCUCGUCGCGCACGCUCUGGAACUCUGCCAUCUCGUCUGUCUCGGGCAUCUGCUCAGCUUGCCUCGUCUACAGGCGCCUUUUUGAAUGCUGCAACGAGCUCGCUUACGGGUUCAAAAAAGACGGCAACAUUGUCCGAGUAUGGAGAUGUAUCGCUACCAUCACUAGAAGGCUCUGCUCUAUCGCUUUCGUCCAACCCGCCUCUAGCUCCUGUUAGCAUAAAAGUUACUGAUGAGUUGAGCGGGUCCACUGCCUUUCCUCUGAGAAGAGACACGAACGCAUCCAAUAACUUCUCUAGCAAGUUGGGAAACGACUUGUUUUCUACGUGGAUGUCGUCUUCACAGUCAUCCACCCAAGCGAGAAUGGAGUCUCCGGAACUGCCCGUUUUCCAUCGAACCAGUGACAUGGAACGCUCGUUCCCUCAGUCGAGCCUUCCAUCCUCACAGUUAGCCAGUGCUCUUUUGAACUCGUCCAUGUCCUCCAACGAGGCUGAACACGUGAACACGCUCGAUUAUCUUGGACUUUCCGAUUCCAUUGACUGUUCUCGACAAACAACCAGGUAUGUUGAGAAGUUCGAACCGAAGAACUUGAAGCAAGUUUCGUCGAUGAAUAGUCUGAGCAGCACCUCAAAGUCUGCUCUGAAAGACGACGGCUCAUCGAACACUGCCGUACCGUAUUCAUCACAUGGUUCUUUGCGUUCAUCAGACACGCAAAUGCUUUCGAACGCUUUUGGUUCCAUGCAUCUUUCCUCGAUGUUUAAGAGUGGAACUAGUCUGGGCAGUUCAUCUCAGCUCAAUAGCUUGUCUUCCUCUCGUUUUCCCCCGACAUCUUUGCUCAGUUCGAGCCACCUCUCCGAUUCGUUUUUCGGAAAGCAAGAUCGGUCUUUGAUGUCUGAUACACAAGAAGACUUGUCGGAUAACUUUGGGCUUGGCUCUUGCGUUAGCAAAACCUUAAUGAUUUCCAAUCUGCCUCAGAAUUGUAGCAUGGUUCAGUUGCAUCCUCUUUUGAAGGACUAUCAGACAGUUGAAAGUAUUAGAAUGUUGCCUAAAGAGAAUGCCGCCAUUGUCGGUUUCGACUCUCCUGCCUCGGCAAUUGCCGCACAUGAAUCACUACAAAACAUAUCUGUUUUUGAAGGCUCGAUGCCGUUGCAAGUUACAUUCGUAAGCUCCAUGUCGAGUUCCGAAAGCACAAUGUCGAACAGUCUUUCAAGCUCCAAAGAGAGCGGCAUGCUUAUGGGAUCGGGCACUUUGAGUGUUUCUGGACUCGGAAAGCAUGCGGAGUACUUGGACUGUAUCGUUAAAUUUGGACAUUCCAUCAACCUUGAUAAGGUUGAACAGAUGCUUUCCGACUUCGAGAAGUUUACGUACUUUGCGACUGAUAUCAAGUCACCCUUGGAAUCCCUCCGUUCACGUCAGUUUGACGCGUUCAAGCUUCGCGAGAUUCGUAAAAACAUUGACAAUGGUGUUUAUACACAGGAGGAAAUUGAAGAGAUUGCCAAGGGUAUGUUGGACGACAUGGCCGAGUUGUCAUCAGACUAUCUAGGAAAUACGGUUGUGCAAAAGUUCUUUGAGUAUUGUUCAGACUCAGUUAAGGAAAGCAUGUUAGAGCGUAUUGCACCUCACUUGGCUGAAAUUGGUACACACAAGAAUGGAACAUGGGCAGCUCAAAAGAUUAUCGACGUUGCAUCCACCAACCGUCAAAUGGACUUAAUUAUCCAGCAUCUCACACCUUAUCUUCCUUUGCUUUUCCUUGAUCAGUUUGGUAAUUAUGUCGCUCAGUGUUGUUUGCGCUUUGGUUCUCCAAAGAACGAUUUCUUGUUCCAGGUAAUGGCCCUUCAAUGCUGUGAAAUUGGACAAAUGCGUUUCGGCGCACGGGCAAUGCGCGCUUGUUUGGAGAACGAGAAAGCGACGUUGGAACAGCAAGCCCUGUUGGCGGCAGCUAUCAUUCUUAACGCACCACGUCUGGCUAAUAACCCCAAUGGGAUGCUGUUGCUUACUUGGUUGCUUGACAGUUGUGUCUUUGCAAACCGUCAUCAAUUGCUUGUCCUCCAAAUUUUACCCCACCUUGCUACGUUAUGUACUCAUAAGGUUGGAUCGACUCUCAUCCUCAAAUUGCUGAACAGCAAACAGGAGAUUUAUGCUCGUGACUUAAUUCUUGAAAAACUGUUUUUCGCUGAAGAUACAAUUACGCUUUUGAAAGUGUUUUCAGACCAAGCUGUUGGAGCCGGUCUUUUAUAUAAGAUUAUUACUGGGCCAUAUAUUGAACGUGAGGCAAUGCUACAAAUUCACUCGAAGUUGGGACAUCUUUUGCUCAAAUACGCCACACACAACUCCCAGAAUUAUCGUCGUUUAAUGGAAGAAGUUGGUCUAAUUUCAAAGAACCAUUCUAUUCUGAAUGGAGGAAUGAACCCUAUGCUUAUGGACUCUACUGCCUCCUCUAAUACAGUGCGAGAUUACUCCUUUUCGCGUGUUUCUUCUCAAUGUAUGCCUGGACCAAGAAAUGUUGACGUUGGUUACAAUAUGCCACAGAUGCUGCAUGGCUAUGGCAACAUCGUAUCUUCUUCCGCUAUGCCUGUUUAUUCCGCAGCGAGCGGGUUCAACGACGCUUAUGGCUUAGAAAACGCGUUGUCCGCUGAAUCUACUGCGAGUUUGUUGAAGAUUGGUUCGCAAAAGCCAUUGUCUCAUUUCCGCAAAGAAGCAUUUAGUAAUGUUUCAAUGAACGCUGGUUUUGAACAUUCUAGAGGAAGGUUGGGAGUCGCUAAUUUGAACGACUCUUACAUGCAAGCAUCCACCGUGAACUUGAAGAAUCUUCAUAGCGGACUCAACCAUUAAUAAUCGGCUUCUAUGGCUUGCUGUUUUGUACCAGAUGAAUAGAAGCGAAUAAGGCAAAUGGAGUUUCUCACGCUGUUUGCUUUCCUUAAUUAUUCGGUUUGUUUCGUUUCUUUUUUGUUUGGUACACCAUCAAUGGUUUUUGUUUACACUCGAAACAGAGCGCGGUCAGGGUCUUCUUUUCUUUUGCAUGGGCACUUUGUUAAUUCGUUGGUGACUAUGUUUGUUCUUCUCCCGUGUUUCUUCCAUUGUUUCCCUUUUCCUAAUGGUUUCACACCUCUUCGUUCCAAUUCUAUGCACGACAAGUUAGAAGUUCUGCCGCUCUUUUUUUAAUCCUAUUCAAUCUGUUAUCGUCUAUCAGGUACGGUACCAGAUGUCUAUUUAUACACAUCUAUAUAUUCAUCCUUAUCGUUUCUGUGUUUUACCCAUCGACCGAGGCAACAGGCGUGUUUCCGCCAGUUUCUUUCAUCACUAUGUUUUCUCCCUUAAUUUGUGUGUUUUGAGAGCAAAUAGAUUAUUUAAUGCCUCGUUGCCGAUUUUUUGUUUGCUCUUUUAUCCAGUUUUUUCGUUCGCGGUUCUUCUUUUCUGCUUGGGUUCUUCUAUUUCUUCCUUCGUGUAUAAAAUAACUCACACGCACGCACACACACACACACACACAUAUAUUUACUAUGCACUCAUACUCUCUCACUAACUCUUUCCUUCCAUUUCUCCUAGCUUCUUCGAAACCUGACGAAGCGUCCGGCCCGUAAGGACAUAGGGAUGCAGCAGCGUCUUGAGACUCAUCUUCGUUUUCUGUGUGGAUUAUAGUGUCUUUUUAGGAGAGUGUGUUUGCUCUGUUGAAAACUCUCAUCCCUGUCCGUUUGUUCUGUUUCUCUGUUCGUCUAGUUUCCAUUUGGAAUAUCCAUCAUCUGCUCUCGUUUUUGUUUUCCGUUAUUCUAUCUUAUUCUACUACUACUACUACUGAUUCGUAUUCAUUUAAUUAGCAAAUAUAUUAGUUGAAUUUUUAGA